AGUAAGCUUGAUGUAAUGAUCAUUCGUUUAAGACGUAUGAAACGUACUGAACUGUGGUAUGGUGUUUGUUUGAGUGUAUACUUUAAACGGGAAAUAAACAUCAGGCGUUAAUCAUGACUGCAUCCGCUUUUCUACACGAUCCAACGCAUCAAAAAAACAUAGGAGAAUUAUCUCAAUUGGACCCACCGAGACAAAGAAGAGAUUAUGAGUGGCAAAUUGUAUGGCGGAAUGUUUUGGCCUUCGUCUAUCUGCAUAUGGCAACUUUGUAUGGAAUAUACCUGAUAUUAAUCGGCAAAACAAAAAUUCUCACAUUAAUAUUUGCUGUGACUAUCUCGGCGAUGUCAGCCAUGGGUGUGACAGCAGGCGCACAUCGUCUUUGGGCUCAUCGGGCGUACAAAGCUCGAUGGCCUCUCAGAAUCUUCCUUGCUGUCAUGCAGACCAUGGCUUUCCAGAAUCAUAUAUACGAAUGGGUUCGAGAUCAUAGAGUUCAUCAUAAAUUCACUGAAACCGAUGCCGAUCCUCAUAACGCUAAAAGAGGUUUCUUCUUUUCCCAUAUGGGCUGGCUCAUGGUACGAAAACAUAAAGCAGUCUUCGAGAAAGGAGCAUCUGUUGAUAUGUCAGACUUAGAAAAAGACCCCAUUGUAAUGUUUCAGAAAAAGACAUAUUUAGUGCUAAUGCCUUUACUCUGCUUCGUUGUGCCCGCGUGGUUACCAGUAGUUUUGUGGAACGAAAAUCCUUGGGUGUCGUGGUACGUGGCUUCCAUGCUACGCUAUACUAUAUCUCUGCAUUUUACCUGGCUCGUCAACUCCGCAGCCCAUAUUUGGGGAAAUCGACCAUACGACCAAUAUAUAGGUGCCACCGAUAACAAAGCUGUUGCAAUUUGUGCUUUUGGUGAGGGUUGGCACAACUAUCAUCAUGUCUUCCCUUGGGAUUACAAGGCUGCUGAGCUUGGAAACUAUAGUACAAACUUGUCCACAGCUCUCAUAGACUUUGCCGCUAAGUAUGGUUUAGCGUAUGAUCUUAAGACUGUGUCUAUUGAGAUGAUACGCAAGCGAGUUUCAAGGACAGGAGAUGGAUCGCAUCCCCUGAGCAGUAAGAAAGAGUCGUUAAACCAACAUGACCAUCACCACCCUGAGAAUCCAGUGUGGGGUUGGGGUGACGAAGACAUGACUGAAGAAGAGAAAAAGCUAGCAGAAAUUGCCCAUAAACUAAAUUAACAGUUUAAAUUUAAAUGAUAUUUCUUUGAAUCUGAUAUUUUUUUCUUUGGCAUCUUAAUACUUUCUUUGUUUAUGAACUAACCAAAGUCACUUCUAUAUUUGUAUACUUCUAUAUUUUUAUACGUCUGUACUUUACUCGGACUACUUAUAGUAGCUAUUGUUUUUGUGGUCAAAGACUUCGAUAAUUUAGGAGAUUAUUUUUAGUGAUUGGCUUUAGAGGUAGCUUUACUGACUAUUCCGAUCAGAUAACUAAAAAAGCCUUUAUAGGGAUCAAAUAUACAUUGGAAAUAUUGUUCAUAUAAACUUCAAUGUAAAAGUGGAAUUUCAUUGAAUAAUUGUAAGUAUCAAUAACAAUAAACAUAUCUGCUAAUAUUUCUUUCUAACUCCAGGGAACUAGAGACUUGUAUUAAAUUAUUGUAAAUAUAAUUAUAUGUGAUAAUAGAUAAGGUUAGAAGGGUUUCUUAAAGAAAAUAAUUUAUUUUAAAGAAGUCAUGUAUUUUAUAAAUAAGGUUAAUUUUUUUUUUGGUGUUAUUAAACUAUAAAUAUUUAGACACAAAUAAAAAUCUGUGUUAAUAAAUUGAAGUCAGUGA